AUGGAUGGUAUAAGCGAGGCAUAUAAAAACUCAGAGAAGUGGACCACGCGCAAAGAGAUUUUAUCAAUUGUCGCACCGAAAAUAAGCUGUAAACUUAUACAAUCGUUUUCACCUGGAUUAACUCUAUAUCGUUUCACAACAGCAAGGCGUCAUGCUUUAGAAUAUGGACGUCAGGUUAAACACUUUAUCCUAUCACCACAUAUUUGUACUGAUCUGCCUUUUGGCGAACAGCGUCUACGUCUUUCGACUGGUGUUGAACUUUACGUUCCAAAUACAAUCAGGAAUAUAAUACCUUCGAGAAUUGUUGAUCAAUAUUUUGAGUACAUUGCUGAAAAUAAUCCGGGUUUUCCUCCACUUGGUCCCACAAGUCUUUUAUCGUUACUGAAUUCGUGUAAAGCGUCCACAAGACACAGUUUACAAGGAGUGAACUAUUUUGCAGCUAACGCUAGUCUGGCAUUUGAUAAUCUUAUUGAUAUGGUGAAUGAUCUAUCAUUGGAUAGUGAUUCAAAAAAAAUACUCGUUGAUGAUGUAAAACGCGGACGAAUGUAUCUGAAAACUGAUUAUAAAGUUCAUGUGCAAAAGUCGUCAACUAUAGCUGAUCAUUGCAUUAACUAUACACUUUCACAAUCAAAUGACACUGGUUAUGCCGAGAAGUGUGACCAUCGACAUGAUGUAUAUGUAUACAUAUAUCUCAACCAAAAACACAAUAUAACGAAUGCUGCAGAAUUUGUCGAGGCCGUACAUUCAUAUGAAGGAGUGAAAGGGGUACAGGCGUAUGAAUGUAGUCUUAUUAGAAAUCCGAAACCGACAAAAGUUACCUUUCCAAAAAUUACAUUUGUGAAUAAUUUCGGGUUUGAACACGAUGGUAUACGAGUACAUAGGGCAUGGAACGUCGGAGUUGGUCUCUAUAGAGUUCUGUUUGUCGCACCAUUCCAUCGUCCAUUAACCACAGCACUCAUACUUGAUGCAGCUGUUGUUAGUAAUGGUAUACCAUUCAAGAAAAUUCAAAUAGAAGUUUAUGUUAAAGUCAGAAAUGAAGAUAUUGAACAUUGA